CUCGGACCAGAGCAACGAGGAGUGGAGCAGUCGAUCACAAUUAUCAUAUCAUUCCAUUCCACAUUUAUCACAAAAGUGGACAGAGCGUACCGAUGUACGUGCUUCUAUAUGGAAGCGGAUAAGGUCGUCACAAGUAGAUUUGAUGUCAGUAUGCUGCCAACAACAGACCUGAUCGACACAGCACGAAUGCCACUUUGCACUUAUACAGUACGUCGAGAUUCCAUCACUGGUCCUAUCGUACAAUAUGCACAAGUUGGCGAUCUGGUAUAUCACGUUUGGCAAUGUGAGAGCGACAUGUUCUCAAUGUUAGUACACAGCUGCUUCGUCGAUGACAGUAAUGGACAAGAUAGAAAACCAUUUCUUGAUGAACACGGAUGUGCAAUUGAUCCCGUUAUCGUACCUGACCUGACUUACAAUAAAGAAAAUAAUUUGGCAUUCGCCCAAGUGAACGUAUUCAAAUUUGCAGAUAAGAUAACAACAUAUUUCCAAUGUGCAGUCAGCACAUGUAUGAUCUCCGAAGGAAUGUGCGACGGAAAAACGGUAAAUUUUGAGAUUUAUCCUCUAAAUAAGGCAUUUAUUCAGAUAUGUGCAAUAGAUCCCGUUAUCGUACCUGACCUGACUUACAAUAAAGAAAAUAAUUUGGCAUUCGCUCAAGUCAACGUAUUCAAAUUUGCAGAUAAGAUAACAACAUAUUUCCAAUGUGCAGUCAGCACAUGUAUGAUCUCCGAAGGAAUGUGCGACGGGAAAACGCCCCCAAGAUGUGGACCACUUUCCCAGCCACAGCAGCAGCAUUUCCGUUUGGUUCGAUCUGCGUCCGAACUGCGUAAUAGCACACGCUCUUCCUGGGUUCAUCUCGAUAAUACCAUGGAUCUGUCGGCACAGAAGAUCACUGUUCUUGACUUGGAAGAGAAUUCUUCUGACGAGGUGGACUCCUCUAGCCCAGCGCGUCUUCGUCUCGGAUCUGCCAUGACCCACGGAGACUCCUCUAGCCCAGCGCGUCUUCGUCUCGGAUCUGCCAUGACCCACGGAAUAAGUACAGAUUCAGUUUGCGUUAGCUCGCGUACGGCUGCCAUCCUAACAACACUCGGGACCGGAUCUACCCUUAUAGCUGCCAUUAUCACAUUCUUCUCCAUUAUGAGAUACAGGAAGGUCUUUGAUAAAGCCCAGAUUCGUUAG